AGGCCACGCUGGAUGGAGGCAGGGAGAAAGUCCUGACCCUUUACCUGCUCCACCAUCCGCCACCAGGUCUUCUUUGGGGAAGGUCAUCUUGCCAUCCCUGUGACCCCAGAUCCCUUUGGCAACGCCUCCUAGGCAGGACAGUGUACAGUCUCCUUCGGGACUGGUCAGUCUUGCGGCUCUGGCGGGUGCAAGCGUGCCUUGGGUCUCAUUAUAACCGGUCCUCACACAUCUGGGCCCAGCUGCUGAGCUGCACCCCAGGAUGGAGACACCUCUUGAGAAGGCUCUGACCACCAUGGUCACUACUUUCCACAAAUAUUCGGGGCGAGAGGGCAGCAAACUGACGCUGAGUAGGAAGGAGCUAAAGGAGCUCAUCAAGGAGGAGCUGUGUCUUGGUGAGAAGAUGAAGGAGAGCAGCAUCGAUGACCUGAUGAAGAAGCUGGACAAAAACAGCGACAAGGAGAUCGACUUCAAGGAGUACUCGGUGUUCCUGACCACGCUGUGCAUGGCCUACAACGACUUCUUCCUGGAGGACCACGAAUGAUGGGCGCUCAGCGCCUGCCCGGGCUGCUGCUGCUCGUCUCAGAGCCCCUCUGUGGCCCCUCGCCCUCCUCUUCUUCCCAGGUGGACCCUGCUUCAGCCUUUCCUUCCAGCAGAGGAAGUAAAGAUGUUCCAUUCCAUGUG